CAGUAACUAGCACUAGUAGCAACUUGAGAAGAGCCUACAAGCCUGCUCAAAAAUUAGCGGCAGCAUAACAUAGUUCGGGCAUUUUUAUGCCAAUAGGGCGUUUUCGGGGCUUUUCCUAAAAAAAGUGGAGCUUUGGAGUGGAAAACCGGGGUCUCCAUCUCUUUUGAAUAUAUCCUGCUAACACUGGCGUCCACCCUGUGACACAUUGCUCAAUUGAGGGGGCCCCCCAUCAGUGCAAGGGCCCACACUGUAUCCUCCAGGUCCCCUCUGCCUGUGCGUGUGAGUGUGUGUAUGUGUGUGUGAGUGAGUGAGUGUGUGUGUGUGUGUGUGUGUGUGUGUGAGUGUGAGCAAGCUUGUGUUGAGUCCUCUGGAGACUCCUGGCUUGACCCAACCAAGAUGUCCUCCAUCUUGCCGUUCACCCCGCCUGUAGUGAAGAGGCUGCUGGGCUGGAAGAAGUCGACCAGCGGGCCGGGUGGAGCGGGCGGCGGAGAGCAGAACGGGCAAGAGGAGAAAUGGUGCGAGAAGGCUGUGAAGAGCUUAGUGAAGAAGCUGAAGAAGACAGGCCAGCUAGAUGAGCUGGAGAAAGCUAUUACCACACAGAACUGCAACACCAAGUGUGUCACCAUCCCCAGCAAUUGCUCUGAAAUAUGGGGACUGAGUACACCAAAUACGAUAGAACAGUGGGAUACAUCAGGCCUAUACAGCUACCCUGACCAAACCAGAUCCCUGGACGGCCGCCUGCAGGUCUCCCACAGGAAGGGCCUUCCCCAUGUUAUCUACUGCCGCUUGUGGCGGUGGCCGGACCUCCACAGCCACCACGAGCUGCGCGCCAUCGAGGCCUGUGAGUAUGCCUUCCACCUCAAGAAGGAUGAGGUCUGCAUCAACCCCUACCACUACCAGAGGGUGGAGACCCCAGUGCUGCCUCCUGUUCUUGUGCCAAGACACUCAGAGAUCCUGACAGAGCUGCCACCUCUGGAUGACUACACUCAUUCCAUACCCGAGAACACAAACUUUCCUGCGGGAAUCGAACCUCCAAACAACUAUAUACCAGAAACGCCUCCGCCAGGCUACAUCAGUGAGGAUGGGGAGGCCAGCGAUCAACAGAUGAAUCAAAGUAUGGACACAGGUUCUCCAGCAGAGCUUUCUCCCAGCACUCUGUCUCCUGUCAAUCACAGCAUGGACCUGCAGCCGGUGACUUACUCAGAGCCGGCCUUUUGGUGCUCGAUAGCCUACUACGAGCUCAACCAGCGCGUGGGGGAGACAUUCCACGCCUCUCAGCCCUCACUGACAGUGGACGGAUUCACAGACCCAUCGAACUCUGAACGUUUCUGCCUGGGCCUGCUGUCUAAUGUCAACAGGAAUGCCACUGUGGAGAUGACCCGGAGGCACAUAGGAAGAGGAGUUAGACUCUACUACAUCGGAGGGGAAGUAUUUGCUGAGUGCCUAAGUGAUAGCGCCAUCUUUGUCCAGAGUCCAAACUGCAACCAGCGGUAUGGCUGGCAUCCAGCGACAGUGUGUAAAAUUCCUCCAGGUUGUAAUCUAAAAAUCUUCAACAACCAGGAAUUUGCUGCCCUGCUGGCUCAGUCGGUGAAUCAGGGCUUCGAGGCCGUCUACCAGCUCACCAGGAUGUGCACCAUCCGCAUGAGCUUUGUUAAAGGCUGGGGAGCCGAGUACAGGCGGCAGACUGUAACAAGCACUCCAUGCUGGAUCGAGCUGCAUUUGAACGGUCCUCUGCAGUGGCUCGACAAGGUUCUGACCCAGAUGGGUUCCCCGUCUGCACGCUGCUCCAGUAUGUCCUAAACAGCUAUGGAAACGCCCC